GUAGAAUAGAAAACACAAGUACUAGUAGUAGUAAAGAGAAGAAGGAAGCAGAGCAAUCCUAGCAAUAAAACUAAACCUAGGAGGAGGUUGAGAGGCAUCAUGUCAGGGUUGUAUAAUCCCAACUUCUCUCCCGUGAGAGCUGCUUCUCCUCAGAUUAGAACAACUCCAAUCACAGCUCCAGACAUGGAUAGUCAGUACUUGUCGGAGUUGCUGGCAGAGUAUCAGAAACUUGGACCCUUCAUCAAAGUCCUUCCCAACUCCAGUCGUCUCUUGAAUCAAGAAAUAUUAAGAGUUUCUGCAAUUUUGUCCAACCAAGGUUUUGGUGACUUUGACAGACUGCGACAUAGAAGCCCUAGUCCCAUGGCUUCUUCAAACCUCAUGUCAAAUGUCACUGGGGCAGGGUUGGGUGGAUGGAACGGUCUUCAGCAGCAGAGAUUUUGUGGAACUCCUGGAAUGACAAUGGACUGGCAAGGCGCGCCUGCAAGUCCUAGUUCAUAUACUGUUAAAAGGAUUUUGCGCUUGGAAAUUCCAGUUGACACAUACCCUAAUUUCAAUUUUGUUGGAAGACUUCUGGGACCUAGAGGCAAUUCUCUGAAACGGGUAGAAGCUACUACAGGUUGCAGGGUGUUUAUUAGAGGAAAGGGGUCAAUAAAGGAUCCAGACAAGGAAGAAAAGUUAAGAGGACGACCGGGAUAUGAGCAUCUCAAUGAGCCACUCCACUUAUUGAUUGAGGCUGACUUACCUGCUAAUAUUGUUGAGAUAAGGCUUAGGCAGGCUCAGGAAAUUAUAGAAGAAUUGCUCAAACCUGUGGAUGAGUCACAGGACUUCAUCAAGAGGCAGCAGUUGCGGGAAUUGGCAUUGCUGAAUUCGAAUUUGGGAGAAGAGAGUCCUGGGCCAAGUGGUAGUGUGUCUCCAUUUAAUUCUAGUGGAAUGAAGCGAGCAAAAACUGGUAGAUGAAAGGGGUCCUCGUUGUCUUAGAUCGGUAUUUUGUUUUCCAGCAAUUCAUUGCUGGAAAUAAUUUCCAGUACAUCUCAAUCAAUGCAGCUACGAAAGAAUAGGCUAACAAUUAUUGCUGGCUAGCAUUCUGGUGGUUUUUCAUCCCCUUUUAUCGAACAUUUUUCGUCUAAAACAACAGGGAGCAAUGGUGAAAAUAUUUUUAAAAAGAAAAUGAUAAAAUAAUUAUGUUGGAUAUUGAGAAUAGGCUUGUUCAGAUCAGUCUUUUUCAUGUAAACUUAUACAUUUAUUGGAUUUAUUCUUGUGUCAAUAACUUCCGUAGAAGUGUGGAAUAUACAAGUGAUGGGUGAAGUUUUAGGUCCUCAAGUCGACCAAGUUUUGUGGGGAUAUGACAUGUCAAGUGUCACCGGUUAUUCAGUAAAGAUUUAUAAAUUUAGCAUAGGCUGGAUUGUUUUUACUACAUGUUUGUCACAAGCAUUUGUAUUCCCUUGCCUAAGGUAUGCAGUGCAGUUGGAACUAUGAAUGAAUGUCAUAAAGAUGGCCUGCCAUCCAUGUAUGUGGCAUUUGUUUAUGUUGAAUAGAUAGUACUUGUUAUUUUCUGGA